AAUGUUUUCCUUGUAUUGGCCCUCUCUCCUUUAUUUCUGUUUCGUUUUCUUUGGACCAAACCAAAAACUUGAUUCCACUCCCAAAUUAAACAUUUUCCCUUUUCGUUGAUCCAUUCCUAUCUCUCUUUAUCUCUUUCUGUAAUACUUUGAAACCAUUUGAUUUCUUUUAUCAACGUUGUCUUGAAGAUUUUUGGUUUCUUUUUCUUUUGCUCUAGAAACCAGUUUUGGACCCAAAAACACCAUCCGCUUCACUUGCUUUUAAUUUCUAUAGAAAUCACAUUUUCUUCCAUAUCCUUUGAUUGGGGUGUCAAAGAGGAGUUAGAAAAGCAUGAAGGGAGAAAGAAUGGAAAAAAGAUCAUCAUUUGGUACAAUAAUGAGGAGAAGGCUCUCUGAUAUUACCAACACUCAGUCACAAUCCAAAUUUGUUGGCCUCAUAGAAGAACAACCAAGGAUUCCUGAAUGUACUCAAGACUUAAUUGAUCAGCUUUUUUUGGUGAAACAGGAAAAGGAAAAGCUGCUGAAACUGGUAGAAGAGAGAAAUAAAAUUAUAGAAUUGAGUGGAAAUAAAUUGCGGGAUCUGCGAAUGAAUUAUCAGAAUUUGCAGUUGCAGAACUGGAAUCUUGCUCAAUCGAACAGCCAGAUGUUAGCAGAGCUUAAUUUAGGAAGAGAAAAGCUGAAGGCACUGCAGCAUGAAGUUGUAUGCAAGGAUGCCUUACAUAAAGCUAGAAAUCUAGAAGCUCAGGCAAAAGCAGACGUGAACUGUCAAAAUGCUGUCUCCCAGGAAGUGGAAAAGAUAGAAGAGGCGGAAUGCUUGCCAGAAGCUAGCAAUGAUAUCAAACCCUGUGGUCGCAGCGGAAGGCGCACAGGAAGAAGUCGAUCCAUGGGCCCUUCGACAACAAAUCGAAAAAAUGCAGAAAAAGAGAAGACUGAAACCAAAAGGCGUUGUGUGCGAAGGCAAUCUGCUAGGUUUAAAUCCCAAGAGCGGGAACCUGCCGAGAAGUUAUUCGAGAUUGAGGUUGCCAAGUUUCCAGUUUCAAGAGACAAGUCAAAGAAAGAAAAUGGUCUAACUUCAUCUAUCACGAAGGAAGAAACUUGUGGAGCAGGAAAUGAAGCACAGGUCGCUUAGAUCUUCUAUCGGAAGGCCAUUGCGAAGAGCAGCCGAUAAGGUGCAAUCCUCCAAAGAAGUUCCGGUUAACGUAAAAAUGCGCAGGACAGAAUUCACGAAUGGACAACAACUUUGAGUAUGCGAAGAGUUAUUUUUAUAUUACAUGUUUUCUAAAUACAAAAUUGUGUAAUCUAUGGACGAUUGUGGUUUGUGUUGUU